GCUGAAGGUCGACCUGAGGUAUAAAAGGAGGAGAGCAGCGUUGGGUGCCUUUCAGAAGCGCUCAGGCACACCGCAGACAUGCUCGGGUUUCUGGUGUUGACAAGUCUCGCAGCCGUGGUGCUGGCUGAGCCGGAGCCGCAGCCCAGGUACCUGGAGGACCGCUUGGAAAGGGUUGUGGGAGGUGAGGUGGCCAGACCCAACUCCUGGCCCUGGCAGAUCUCUCUCCAGUACAGGUCCGGCAGCAGAUACCACCACACGUGCGGAGGAACGCUGAUCGAGAGAGGCUGGGUGAUGACGGCUGCUCACUGUGUGGACAGCAAAAGGACGUGGCGUGUUGUCCUCGGCGAACACGACCUCUACAGCAACAGUGGCAGAGAGCAGAUCAUGGACGUCAGCGCUGUUUACAUCCAUCCCAGAUGGGACGCCAGCAGAUUGUUAGAUGGGUUUGACAUCGCCCUCCUGCGUCUGUCCUCCGCCGCCACCCUGAACUCCUACGUCCAGCUGGGCUCCCUGCCCCCCUCCGGCCAGAUUCUGCCCCACAACAACCUCUGCUACGUCACCGGAUGGGGGGUCACCUCCACCGGAGGCAGCCUCUCUCCGCAGCUCAAGCAGGCCCUUCUCCCUCUGGUCGACCACAAGACCUGCUCCAGCGCCAGCUGGUGGGGCAGCUCUCUCAAGAACACCAUGGUGUGCGGCGGCGGCGGUGCUGACUCUGGAUGCAAUGGUGACUCCGGUGGUCCUCUGAACUGCCUGGUUGAUGGACAAUACCACGUGCACGGCAUCGCCAGCUUUGUGUCCAGUAUGGGAUGCAACACUCCCAGGAAGCCCACCGUCUUCACCCGCGUGUCCGCCUACAUCGAAUGGAUGGACUCGAUCAUGGUGUAAACGAUCCAACGCCGCAGGCCACGUGGACGGCGACCACAUUCGACCAUGUGUUCAUCUACCGUGCCUCUUCACUUGUCUGGCGUCAAUAAACUGGAUGAAACAUUU